CCAGAGAUGACGAUUGAUGUCAAGUCGAAUGAUAUCUAAUUAAAAUAAUCCAAGUUUUUCGCCAUAAUUCACGUGGAUUUAGUGGACCACUUGUGAAAUUAUGUCUUGGCUUUCACUGUGUUCUUUUAUUGGAGCAAAUAUUGUAUGUAUGUAUUACUUGCGAUCUUUCACAGAUUAUGGAAAUAAGCAAUCCGGCCUCGGUAUGUAAUAAGAAAGAUAGGUUAUUUUCUUGAAAGAGUUAGAUAAGAUGUCAAAUUUUGGAUCCCUUUUGGGUUUAAUUCUGUGUGGGAUUCAAUAACUGAGCUUGAAACCAAAAUAAGAGCACCCUUCCUUAGAGGCUUAACAAUGCUAUGUAUGGUGGGAGAUAUUGAAAGGAAUUAGCUUUGGAGUAAGAUCCAAGGUCCUCACCUAACAAUAAUGGAGUUUCCAGAAAACCCAAACUCCUUUUGCUUGCAUUUCUAGACACCUAUCUCUUUCUCUCUCUCUCUCUCUCUCUCUCUUCCACAAGUGAAUGUUCAGUUCACCAUCCUUCCUUGUCUACUAAGACUCAAUAUUAAAAAGUUGUAUUCGGCUAUAGAGAACCUCGCUGACUUUGCUAACUGAACACAAUUCAUGCGAAAACUAAGUUUAUUUAGUCAUACAUGCUCGUGCAUGCAUGCUUAUUUGCUUGCUAUUCUAGCCGACUCAUCCCUACUCUAGGCUAAGUCUUCCAGCUUGACCUUGCCUCUACUUUAGGCCAAAGUCCUUCAGAUGUAAUGUCGCAUCUCAUCUCGAUUCCCAACAACACAGCCUAUGUUCGGUGAAAAAUGGUAAAAAAAAAAAGGAUUUACAGUGGUGGUGGAUAUAAAUGAAUGAAGAAAGGAAAGAAAUUGAGUGUAAUGUAAAGUCAAAUCUCUUGAGGUGAGGGGUGUGUUAGUCAUUUCAGAAUAGUUUGAAAAUGGAGGCCUUGAGGUUGAGGUUGAGGUUGAGGCUUUGCUUGCAGUGGGAGUCAAAUCAUAAGGAGGCCUUCUCCAAACUCCGCCAUCUGAAAACCAAAAUUAAUUUAAUGGAAUCUUCAUUCUUUAAACGGUAGGCACCAACCAACCUUUCAUUUCCCACCAAAAAUAUAACCCACCAUAAUCCUAUAAUUCUUCUUCAAGCUUUCCAUCUCUCUGUGACAAUCUAAACUUGUCGCCCAUAAACGCAUAUUCAAUGAACUUCUAGCACCUCUCAGAUCUUCAACGCAGACUUGUUUGUUCUUUGAUUGUUUGCUUCUUUGUUUCUUUCAACCAUUUUCAUCACAAAUGGGAGAAAUCUCAAGCUUCCAAUUGGGUGUCAUUGGAGCACUCUUCCUAUCAGUAGCUUCUUCUGUCUCCAUUGUUAUCUGUAACAAAGCUCUCAUGAGCAACCUCGGCUUCCCUUUCGCAACUACUUUGACUAGUUGGCAUUUGAUGGUCACAUAUUGCACCCUUCACGUGGCUCAUCGCUUAAACUUGUUCGAGUCCAAACCCAUCGACACGAAGACUGUUGUGCUCUUUGGGAUGCUUAAUGGUAUCUCCAUUGGGUUUCUCAACUUGAGCUUAGGAUUCAAUUCUGUUGGAUUCUACCAGAUGACAAAACUUGCAAUCAUACCGUUCACUGUUAUGUUAGAGACUAUUUUCCUUAACAAGCAAUUCAGCUCAAGGAUUAGGCUCUCUCUCUUCCUCUUGCUGGUUGGAGUUGGCAUUGCCUCUGUCACUGAUCUUCAGCUCAAUCUUAUGGGAACUGUUCUUUCUCUCUUGGCUAUCAUGACAACAUGCGUGGGCCAAAUUCUAACAAACACUAUUCAAAAGAGACUGAGUGUAUCUUCAACACAGCUGCUGUAUCAGUCAGCUCCAUUUCAAGCAGCCAUUCUGUUCGUGUCUGGCCCUUUCUUAGACCAAUGUCUCACCAACAAGAACGUGUUUGCCUACAAGUAUUCUCCUGUAGUUCUGGCUUUUAUCAUCCUUUCAUGUCUGAUAUCUGUCUCCGUCAACUUCAGCACAUUUCUGGUGAUCGGAAAGACGUCGCCAGUGACAUAUCAGGUGCUUGGCCACCUCAAGACAUGCCUUGUUCUUGGCUUUGGGUAUACUCUCCUUCACGAUCCUUUCACUGAGAGAAACCUCAUUGGAAUUUUAAUAGCCAUUGGUGGGAUGGGAUUGUAUUCAUAUUUUUGUACCCAAGAGAGUAAAAAGAAGCAGGGUGACCUCUGUCUAGGAUCUUCUCAGAUAAAAGACAAGGAAACAGCAGCUCUUCUAGCAGGAGUUUAUGGAGAUAAAGAAAGCCAUGAAGUGAAGAAAUCAAGCAAGGAUUCUGUGGUUUAAUUCAAGUAAAUGGGAUAUGCAGGGAGUUCAUCUUUAUAUGGUUUAAAAUUCUUUGAAUAAAUACCCCAUUUUGGUACUCAUUCACAUGUGUUCAUACUCAGUCAUGUUUAGAUUCAUUUCAAAUCGUUUGUUUUAAUCUUAGUUAUCGAUCUCUUUCAUAUUCAAUAUAGAAACGUGAGAAAAAAUGUGCUUCUGUAAAUGUAAUGAAUAGAAAUGGAGAAGUUGAACGAGGCGUUGAGUA